CCCAUGCCGGGGGCUACUGCCAGCCUGCUUCCAUAUGGGCUGUGACCUCACAGAGUUCUCCCCACCUGCCGGACUAUGAUGUCAUGGCUCUGCCCAUGUAAGCCAGCGGCCAGCACUUUGUCUCUCCCAGUGCGGUCGUGACCGGCUUUGAGCGAUGGUUGUCGACAGCAUUCUCCUUAUCCCCAGCCUCCUGCUCCUGGUGGCUGGGGUGUCUCUGCUCACCACUGCCUGGCGCCGACAGGGUUCUGACCGGCGCCGGCAAUGGUGGAGAUGGUGGCAACAAGCGGUAGCACUGAAGUCAGGUGCUGAGAGGCAGGCAGGCAGGCGCAGGAGUCCCCUGUGCAGGCCAUGUUGCUCCCAGCAGCAAGCAUCACCAUGGCAGGGCAGUUGCAUCCUACCCCAUCUCAACCAGCCAGGAAAGACCCAGCCUUUGUUGCAGCGCAGUCUAUGCCCUUCUCUUCACUUCCACUCUGCCACUGGUACCACAAGCUCUGCAGGGAAACCCAGCAGGCUUCCCAGACAGGACCAGUGCCCGCAGGUUCUGGUGGCAUGUGGGACCUCCAGGACGCUCAUUCAGUGUUCAAGGCUAGGCAAUGGAGUUCAAGACCUGCCACCUGAGAUCCUCAAGUGCACAAAGCCACCGGUGAAAGGGAUGGUCUUUCAGGAGGGCCUCGUUCAAACAGAGGAGAGAAAACGCUGGUGGGAAUACAAGACCAAGAAGCCUAUUUGGCCUAUGCGCCCCCCAGCACUUCCCAGAGGGCACAAGAAAGCAGGAGCUGCAGCAAGGCCAUCAUGUGGACCAGCUUUGAGCCUGGAGAAAAAGGCAGACUGCAAAACUGAAACCUGCCAGCCCUUCGCCUCUGGCGUCAGUGACAAGAGAAGCACAGGGAAAUUGGACGCGCUCACUAUGGAUAGGCUGUAUCAGCAGCUCCUGGUGUCCUUCAAACAGCCCAAGACUAAGAACUGAAGAGCAACCUUCUGUAACCUCUUCCUGCACACAGCCACCAGCGAAAGGGACGAUUGUGCAGGAGACCAUCCUUCCAACAGAGGAGGGGAAAUGCUGGUGGAAGAGCAAGGCCAACAAGCCUCUUGAGUAUUGUAUAGCUUCCCCAGAUCUUCCCAGAGUCCAGGGUUGCAGUCAGAGUUGCAGGACCAACACCAGGGCCAGCUUCAAGCCUGCAGAAAAGGAGACAGCAGAACUGAAACCUGCCGGCAUCUAAACACUGCUGUCAUUGUUAUGGAUUCAUUGUUGACAUACCAAUAGAGAGCUGAAUCUCAGCCCUAAGAUCAUUGGUGCAUCAUACUAUUUCAGUUGACUUUCAGAUUUUUAAAAAGAUAAUUUAAUAAAAGUCU